AUGUCCAAUAGCAGCUCCAUCACAGACUUCCUCCUCCUGGUAUUCACAGUCACAUGGGAGCUGCAGCUCUUGCACUUCUGGCUCUUCCUCAGCAUCUACCUGGCUGCCCUCCUGGGCAAUGGCCUCAUCAUCAUGGCCAUAGCCUGCGACCACCGCCUCCAAACCCCCAUGUACUUCUUCCUCCUCAACCUCUCCCUCCUCGACCUGGGCUCCAUCUCCACCACUCUUCCCAAAUCCAUGGCCAAUGCCCUCUGGGACACCAGGGCCAUGUCCUUCUUGGGAUGUGCUGCUCAGCUUUUUUGCAUUUAUUUUUUGAUGUCAGCCGAGUAUUGUCUUCUCACCAUCAUGGCCUACGACCGCUAUGUUGCCAUCUGCAGACCCCUGCACUAUGGGACCCUCCUGUGCAGCAGAGCUUGUGUCCACAUGGCGGCAGCGCACGGCCAAUACAUUUUCACUACCGCUCUGCAAUGCACUGGUACAUUUGCCCACCUGAAGCCCCCGUCCUUCUCCUCCCCAACCCUGGACCUGGUGGUGGUAGUGCUGUACUCAGUGGUGCCUCCAGCACUGAACCCCCUCAUCUACAGCAUGAGGAACCUGGAGCUCAUGGACACACUGAAGAAGCUGAUGCAAUCACUAGUGCCUCAGCAGCGAUAA